ACUACACCCUCACUGCAUCUUCUCUUUCUCUCUCCCCCCAACCCGUCGCCCCCCAAGCGUUGCGUCAAGCAACAGCUUACUUGUUGCUCCCUACGCCUCUGCUUUUUUAGGGUUUCUUUCGCAGCGCUCUCUCUAGCUCUGCGAUCCCUGUCAUGCGGUGCUCGUAGAUCCAUAGCUCAGGUAAAUCUUUCUCCCUUGUCGAUGACCUGCACGAUCUCCACAGUCGGCGCCCCAUCGCAGGCUGUUGUCGCCGUCUAGGAGUCUGUUCGAGGGAAAUGUCUUCGUCUAGACGUGCGCCGGAUCAGCCGCCCCCCCGGCGGAUUCUGCGGACACAAACCGCGGGGAACCUCGGGGAGUCAAUCUUCGACAGUGAGAUCGUGCCUUCGUCGCUCGUCGAGAUCGCGCCCAUCCUUCGAGUCGCUAACGAGGUCGAGAGCCAGAACGCCCGCGUCGCUUAUCUCUGUCGUUUCUAUGCUUUUGAGAAAGCUCAUCGUUUGGAUCCUACUUCGAGUGGUCGUGGUGUUCGCCAAUUUAAGACUGCACUUCUUCAGAGGUUAGAAAGGGAGAACAAUCCUACACUGAAGGGAAGAGUUCAAAGAAGUGAUACACGGGAGAUGCAAACCUUCUACCGAGAGUACUUUAAGAAAUACAUUCAAGCACUUCAAAAUACUGAAAAAGCUGAUCGUGCUCAACUUACCAAAGCCUAUCAGACAGCUGCUGUCUUAUUUGAGGUUUUAAAAGCUGUUAACCAGACCCAAGCACUUGAAGUUGAACCUGAGAUAUUGCGAGCUCACGAUGAGGUUAAGGAGAAGACCAAAACUCUUGGUCCAUAUAACAUCCUUCCUCUUGAUCCUGACAGUGCAAACCAAGCUAUCAUGCGUUAUCCAGAGAUUCAAGCUGCUGUAUCUGCCCUUCGAAACAUAAGGGGUCUUCCAUGGCCUAAGAACCAUAAGAAGAAGCCUAAUGAAGAUAUUCUAGAUUGGCUGCAAGUUAUGUUUGGCUUUCAGGAAGAUAAUGUGUCUAAUCAAAGGGAACACCUGAUUUUGUUACUUGCAAAUGUCCAUAUACGUCAAAUUCCAAAGCCCGAUCAGCAACCCAAGUUGGAUGAACGCGCAUUGACAGAGGUCAUGAAGAAAUUGUUUAAGAACUACAAGAAGUGGUGCAAGUACUUGAAUCGGAAGAGUAGUUUGUGGUUGCCAACCAUACAGCAGGAAGUGCAACAGUGGAAGCUUCUAUACAUGGGCCUUUAUCUUCUUAUUUGGGGUGAAGCUGCAAAUUUAAGAUUUAUGCCAGAAUGCCUUUGCUACAUCUAUCAUCAUAUGGCAUUUGAGCUAUAUGGUAUGCUAUCAGGGAACGUAAGCCCUAUGACAGGUGAACAUAUAAAGCCAGCAUAUGGUGGUGAUAAAGAAGCUUUUCUAACUAAAGUUGUAACUCCAAUAUAUAAUAUUAUUUCUAUGGAAGCUAAAAAGAGCAAGGAACAAAAAUCAAAACAUUCACAAUGGAGGAAUUAUGAUGAUUUGAAUGAAUAUUUUUGGUCUGUCGAUUGUUUCCGAUUAGGCUGGCCUAUGAGAGCUGAUGCUGAUUUCUUUUGUCAACCACCUGGAUCUUUGUCUUACAAUAAAAAUGGGGAAAAUCAUCAGCCUAGUACAGAUCUCUGGACUGGAAAGAUUAAUUUUGUUGAGAUACGGUCAUUUUGGCAUGUUUUUCGAAGUUUUGAUAGAAUGUGGAUCUUCCUUAUUUUAUGUCUACAGGCCAUGAUCAUACUUGCUUGGGAUGGUGGUUCACCAAGCGCUAUUUUUGAUGCUGAAGUAUUCAAAAAAGUUUUGAGCUUUUUUAUAACUGCUGCAGUAAUGAGGCUGGGACAAGCUGUCCUUGAUGUAAUAUUUGGCUGGAAAGCAAGGAGGAGGAUGUCUUUUCCUGUUAAACUGAGAUAUAUCUUGAAGGUCGUUUCAUCAGCAACAUGGGUGAUAAUCUUAUCAGUAACUUAUGCAUAUUCUUUUAAACAUCCUACGGGAUUGGCAAGGACAAUCAAGAGUUGGCUUGGAGACGGUCAAAAUCAGCCUUCACUCUACAUUCUGGCUGUUGUCAUUUAUCUAUCACCCAAUAUGCUUGCUGCAUUGCUGUUUUUAUUUCCAUUCUUAAGACGAUUUCUAGAACGUUCUAACUAUAAGAUAAUCACCCUCAUGAUGUGGUGGUCUCAGCCACGUCUUUAUGUUGGAAGAGGGAUGCAUGAGAGCUCGUGGUCACUUUUUAAGUACACCAUGUUCUGGGUGCUUCUUCUAGCCACAAAGUUGGCUUUUAGUUACUAUAUUGAGAUAAAGCCUCUUGUAAAGCCAACGAAAGAUAUCAUGAACGAGCAUAUAUACACCUACAAAUGGCAUGAGUUUUUCCCACAUGCCAAUAAUAACAUUGGUGUGGUGAUUGCUCUUUGGGCUCCAAUUAUGCUAGUUUACUUCAUGGAUACUCAGAUUUGGUAUGCAAUUUUUUCUACAUUGGUUGGUGGUAUUUAUGGAGCUUGUCGUCGUCUAGGAGAGAUUCGCACAUUGGGAAUGUUAAGAUCAAGGUUUCAGUCUCUGCCGAGUGCUUUUAAUGCCUGUUUAAUUCCGCCUGAAAAAUCUGAAGCAAGCAGAAGUAGUGGUUUUCGGGCUGCUUUAUCUAGCAAGUUUGAGCAGUCCUCAAGUAAUGGUGGCACUGAGAAGGAGGCAGCACGAUUUGCUCAAAUGUGGAAUAAAAUAAUCACUAGUUUCCGGGAAGAAGAUCUCAUAAGCAACAAGGAAAUGGAUUUGCUGCUUGUUCCAUAUAAGUCUGAUAGGGAUCUGAAUGAUCGAAAAAUAACCCAGUGGCCACCUUUUUUGCUUGCUAGCAAGAUUCCUAUUGCACUUGAUAUGGCAAAAGAUAGUGAUGGGAAAUAUCGUGAAUUGCAGAAGAGAAUUCAUGCAGAUGUUUAUAUGAUUUGUGCUGUUAAAGAGUGCUACGCAUCAUUUAUGAGCAUCAUUAAGUAUUUAGUUGAUGGUAAACGGGAAAGCGAGGUAGUAGAUGGUAUUUUCUCCAAGGUUAAGGAUUGCAUAGAAAAUGACAGCUUGCAUGAGCUCAAGUUGAGCCAUCUUCCCGUUUUGUGCAACAAAUUUAUUGAGCUGAUUAAGUUACUGAUGACUAACAAAAAAGAUGACAGAGGACAGGUGAUUAUUCUUUUUCAAGAUAUGCUUGAGGUGGUGACAAGAGAUAUCAUGGAAGAAGAGCUCCCUGGCUAUCUGGACUCCAAUCAUGGUGGUCAGAGGCAUGAGGGGAUUACACCAUUGGAGCAACAAGUUCAGUUAUUCGCAAAAAUUGGAGCAAUAAAAUUUCCUUUACCAGAAUCAAAUGCUUGGAUGGAAAAGAUGAAACGGCUACAUUUACUGUUUACUGUGAAGGAAUCUGCAAUGGAUGUACCAUCUAAUCUAGAUGCAAGAAGGCGGAUAUCCUUCUUCUGCAACUCUUUGUUUAUGAAUAUACCUAACGCACCCAAAGUUCGGAAUAUGUUGUCAUUCUCUGUCUUGACGCCUUAUUAUACGGAAGAUGUUCUUUUCUCCUUAAAAGGAAUUGAAGAACCGAACGAGGAUGGUGUUUCCAUACUUUUUUACCUGCAGAAAAUUUACCCAGACGAAUGGACCAAUUUCCUUGAGCGAAACAAUUGCAAGACAGAAGAGGAACUGCGUGAGAGGUAUGAUGAUUUGGAAGAGGAGCUACGGCUUUGGGCAUCUUACCGGGGCCAGACUUUGACAAGGACUGUGAGAGGUAUGAUGUAUUACCGGAAAGCUCUAGAACUUCAAGCAUUUCUUGACAUGGCUAAAGAUGAAGACCUUAUGGAGGGUUACAAGGCCAUUGAAUUAACAUCUGAGGAAAAUUCAAAAGUUGGAAGAUCCUUGUGGGCACAAUGCCAAGCUGUAGCAGAUAUGAAGUUUACCUAUGUGGUGUCUUGCCAGCAAUAUGGAAUUCAGAAACGGUCAGGCAAACAUCAGGCUCAGGAUAUUCUAAGACUUAUGACCACAUAUCCCUCUCUUCGUGUUGCUUAUAUUGAUGAGGUUGAAGAAACUAGCAGUGAUGGUUCUAAAAAGAAAGGAAAUGUGUACUAUUCUUCAUUGGUUAAGGCUGCUUUAGUGAAGGCUGGUGACUCUACAGAGCCAGUGCAGAAUCUUGAUCAGGUAAUAUAUCGCAUCAAACUUCCUGGUCCUGCCAUCUUGGGUGAAGGAAAGCCCGAAAAUCAAAAUCAUGCCAUCAUUUUUACACGUGGUGAAGGUUUGCAGACGAUUGAUAUGAACCAGGAACAUUACCUAGAGGAGGCUUUGAAAAUGAGAAAUUUAUUACAAGAGUUUUUAAAAAAACAUGACGGGGUAAGGUAUCCAUCGAUACUUGGAGUUAGGGAGCAUAUAUUUACUGGAAGUGUUUCUUCUCUUGCUUGGUUUAUGUCAAACCAGGAGACUAGUUUCGUGACAAUAGGACAGCGUGUACUUGCCAAUCCUUUGAGGGUACGGUUUCAUUAUGGUCAUCCAGAUGUCUUUGAUAGACUUUUCCACCUAACAAGGGGUGGUGUAUGCAAGGCAUCCAAGAUUAUUAAUUUAAGUGAAGAUAUCUUUGCAGGGUUUAACUCCACACUUCGUGAAGGUAACGUUACGCAUCACGAAUACAUGCAAGUCGGUAAAGGAAGAGAUGUGGGUCUUAACCAGAUCUCACUCUUUGAGGCUAAGAUAGCAAAUGGGAAUGGCGAGCAGACAUUGAGCCGAGACAUAUAUAGGCUCGGACACCGCUUUGAUUUCUUUAGAAUGUUGUCAUGUUAUUUUACAACUGUUGGCUUUUAUUUCAGUACAAUGGUAACGGUGUGGACAGUAUAUGUAUUUUUAUAUGGGCGACUUUACCUUGUCCUUAGUGGGCUUGAUAAAUUUCUUUCCACUAGCCAGAGGUUCGUACACAAUGAACCUCUUCAGGUUGCCCUAGCUUCCCAGUCGUUUGUGCAACUUGGUAUUCUGAUGGCUCUUCCAAUGGUGAUGGAAAUUGGUCUGGAAAGGGGAUUCCGCACUGCACUUACUGAUUUCAUACUAAUGCAGUUACAGCUAGCCUCUGUAUUCUUUACCUUUUCCCUGGGUACCAAAACCCAUUAUUAUGGGAGGACAUUGCUCCAUGGUGGUGCAGAAUAUAGAGCUACAGGGCGUGGGUUUGUCGUCUUCCACGCAAAGUUUGCUGAUAAUUAUAGGUUAUAUUCACGUAGCCAUUUUGUUAAGGGUUUGGAAUUGAUGAUUUUGCUUGUGGUGUAUGAGAUCCUUGCAUCAUCAUACAGAGGCACAGUGGCAUACAUUUUCAUAACUGCUUCUAUGUGGUUUAUGGUUGGAACCUGGCUUUUUGCUCCCUUCUUAUUUAAUCCUUCUGGCUUUGAGUGGCAAAAGAUUGUAGAUGACUGGGCUGACUGGAAUAAGUGGAUCAGUAACAGUGGGGGAAUUGGCGUAUCACCAGAAAAAAGUUGGGAAUCAUGGUGGGAAAUGGAACAAGAACAUCUUAGGUACACUGGGAAGCGUGGUAUCAUUGCUGAAAUAGUACUGGCAUUGCGGUUUUUUUUCUACCAAUAUGGACUCGUCUAUCAAUUGAGUAUAACGGAACAUACACAGAGUGUGCUGGUUUAUGGAGUUUCGUGGCUUGUGAUCUUUGCAAUUUUACUUGUUAUGAAGGCCGUAUCACUUGGACGGAAAAAAUUCAGUGCAGAGUUUCAGCUUGUUUAUCGUCUAAUAAAGGGCCUUAUCUUCAUAACCUUCCUUUCCAUUCUAAUAAUCCUGAUAACCAUCCCCCACAUGACAGUGCGAGACAUUUUUGUUAGUAUUCUUGCUUUCAUGCCUACUGGAUGGGGAUUGCUCUUGAUUGCACAAGCUUGUAAACCUGUUGUUCCAACUAGUCUCUGGGGGUCGGUUAAGGCACUAGCGAGAGGCUAUGAAAUCAUCAUGGGCUUGUUGCUGUUCACUCCAAUUGCUUUCUUAGCUUGGUUCCCAUUCGUUUCAGAGUUCCAAACGAGGAUGCUUUUCAACCAGGCCUUCAGCAGAGGCCUGCAGAUAUCUCGUAUCCUUGGUGGUCCUAAGAAGGAUCAACCAUCCAAAAAAAAGUAAGAGUGCAACCAGCUCUCUCUCUCUCUCUCUCUCUCUCUCCCACAGUUACGGUCGAUUGCAAAUUAUCUAUUCUUGUCUGUAUAUUAUAUUAGCGAUGCAUGUGUUUAGAUGGCUGCAAUGUCGCUGGAAUCGUUCUCUAGCAACACAAGUUGUGCUUUUAGCAUGCAAACUGAACCAAAAGGCUAGUUUAAUUUUAUUGGUUUUGUAAUAUGUAAAACAGUAGUUAUGCUUUCUUAUAUUAUUUUUUCCUUCAA